CGAAAAGCGGCAGCUAAUAUGGCAGCUCUCGAAAGCAUCAGAGCACGCUUUGAGAGCUUGUCCAAAUCCGCGCUCGUCGACGUCAACUUACCAAGAUUUUCAGACGUUGACGUUGCAACGCUCAUCCGUGACGGCAAGGCUACAGAGAUAGGUCGUAUCCCAGCCAGGCGGAAUUUGUUCUUUGACGAGCAAGCCAACAUUCUCAUUGUCCUGAAGACCACAAUCAAGGAAAGCGAAGUCCGUGAUAUACUGCCCUAUCUCGACUUGAUCUUGGCAGCUCAUGCUACGGAUGCGGUACCUCAAGGAGGCGGCAAUACCGCUUCGGCUUCCGGAAAGCAUGAUCUCAAUUCCAGGACGCUGGCGGCAGAUGGUUUCGACGACUUAGUGGUGACAGAAGAGCACACUUACGUGAUCUGGAAACAACAAUUGCACUUGUCUCGGCCGCGCGCUCGACUGCAGCGACCAGCGAUUUACUUCACUGCCAACUUGAGGAUCGCAGAGCAGCUUCAUAGUGGUUCUCAAAGGCCCAAAGAGCAGUUGUUGAAGCCCUUUGAACCUCUACCAGCGAACGUUCUUGAAUCCCUCGCAUUCAGUCGGGCGCCAGGAGCGGCAGAUAUUUACAUCUCCGAAUCAAGAAUCACGAAAGUGGCGCCCAAACCCCCAAACCUCACAGACACUGUCAAGCCAAUCAGAGGCGCAAGUAGGCGGGCCUUCCCAGCAGUCCCAGCAGUCUUUACGCGCAUUCGAUAUUCCACAUUGCCUGAUGCCAUUAUUGCCAGCCUGCAUCUGGAGACUUCACACGUCAUCGCUGGCACAACAACAAUCCACAAAGCAGAUCUUAACGUCACAAAUGCGGACGUCAAGGAUCUGACCAAUGUCGCACUACCACUCGAAGCACGAGGAGCAGACGAGACAGUGCUACUUUAUAAGGUCACGCCUCAUACACAAGCACAUGCAGAACGCAACUCCUUGGCCGAGAGUCCUGUAUCAAUAUCUGUUCGAGCCGAAGCUCUCCUCGACCAAGGCUCAAGAAUAUCGCUCGAAAUCGACUGGCAAGCACAUAUUGAUCUGACACACACAUGGCAAAAGCCUCAUUACCGCUGGUCCCGUGCUGCGGGUCACUCAUCAUAUCACAAGAAAUCACUCUCAGCACAUUCGAUCACCAGACCCUCCAUGGAUACGACAUCUGGAGCAUCGACCGAUCGCACAGAACAUACAUCAAAUGGAGGAAGCAUCGUCUUCAAUUUCCAUGCAGCGUCCACAACGUAUGAAUCUUCCGAAUUCAAGAUCUCAGUGCACUGCAACAAUCGCUCCACGCGUGCGAAGAAGUUCGGACUCAUGAUGCUACAUCCUCGAAGUAGUACCACUACUAAGCCUCGACCAACAACAGGGCAUACUACAAUCGCCGCAGCCACAAUCGAUGGCUCAACGACAUCCGACCUUCUGGCCAGCUUGUUCAAUGCUCCGGCACUGGAGAAGGCUAAACCGCCCGAUGUACUCGAUCUCAAUCCCGACGCCAGGAUCGGUCCUCUCCCGCCUGGCGCUUGUUUCGAAACGCACAUGCCUUUCAAGGCGCUACGGUCUGGUGUACUAGAUUUGGGUGUGCUGAGGAUCAUAGAUCUGGAUACGAGACAGACGGUUGAUGUAAGGGAACUGCCUGAUGUGAUUGCUUUAGGCAGGAUUGAAAGUGAAAGAGGGUAGCACAGUACGAGGUAACGGCGACUCUGGCAGUCUGCUUGAUACGAUACUUGAGUGUGGGUUUACAGAUUCAAUUCAAGCGGGGCGCUGAAAUGGAACAGAAUUUGAAUCACUAGCCACAUCUCUGAAAUGGUUCCAGUUGUCCAUCACUCGAG